GCCCGCACUCGGCUCCGGCUGCUCUCCCCGCGAUCCGGUGCCCGCCGCGGCCCCGAGCCGCCGAAGCCGGGGAUGAAGAGCUGCCCGGGCCUCUCCGACCUGCUCUGGGCCUGGACCCUGCUUCUCAGCGCGCUCACGGGAAGAAGCCAUGAACAGCCCUCGUUACAAGAUGAACUUAAAGACAACACCACUGUCUUCACCAGGAUUUUGGACCGACUCUUAGAUGGUUAUGAUAAUCGCCUGAGACCAGGAUUGGGGGAGCGCGUGACCGAAGUGAAGACGGACAUUUUCGUCACCAGCUUCGGACCUGUUUCCGACCAUGAUAUGGAGUAUACAAUAGACGUGUUUUUCCGGCAAAGCUGGAAGGAUGAGCGGCUGAAGUUUAAAGGACCCAUGACAGUGCUCCGCCUGAACAACCUCAUGGCCAGCAAGAUCUGGACCCCGGACACCUUCUUCCACAACGGGAAGAAGUCUGUGGCGCACAACAUGACCAUGCCCAACAAGCUGCUGCGGAUCACCGAGGAUGGGACCUUGCUCUACACCAUGAGGCUGACCGUGCGAGCCGAGUGCCCCAUGCACCUGGAGGACUUCCCCAUGGACGCCCACGCCUGCCCGCUCAAGUUCGGAAGCUACGCUUAUACAAGAGCAGAAGUGGUCUACGAGUGGACGAGAGAGCCGGCUCGAUCCGUGGUGGUGGCAGAAGAUGGGUCCCGCCUAAACCAGUAUGACCUUCUUGGACAGACCGUAGACUCUGGCAUUGUUCAGUCGAGCACAGGAGAAUAUGUUGUUAUGACGACUCACUUCCACUUGAAGAGGAAGAUUGGCUAUUUUGUGAUUCAAACCUACUUGCCGUGCAUCAUGACGGUCAUCCUCUCACAAGUCUCCUUCUGGCUCAACAGAGAGUCGGUGCCAGCGAGGACUGUCUUUGGAGUGACAACUGUGCUGACCAUGACCACUUUGAGCAUCAGCGCCAGGAACUCCCUCCCAAAGGUGGCCUACGCCACAGCAAUGGACUGGUUCAUCGCCGUGUGCUAUGCUUUCGUCUUCUCCGCUCUGAUUGAGUUUGCCACCGUCAACUACUUCACCAAGAGGGGCUAUGCGUGGGACGGCAAAAGUGUGGUUCCAGAGAAGCCAAAGAAAGUGAAGGAUCCACUUAUUAAGAAAAACAACACUUAUGCUCCAACAGCAACCAGCUACACCCCUAAUUUGGCUAGGGGUGACCCCGGCUUAGCCACCAUUGCUAAAAGUGCAACGAUAGAGCCCAAAGAAGUGAAGCCUGAAACAAAACCCCCGGAACCUAAGAAAACCUUUAACAGCGUCAGCAAAAUCGACCGGCUGUCAAGAAUAGCCUUCCCGCUGCUGUUCGGAAUCUUUAACUUAGUCUACUGGGCUACGUAUUUAAACCGAGAGCCUCAGCUCAAGGCUCCUACCCCGCACCAGUAGGUCCUGUCAGUCACGUUCUGUUGUUCCGUCCUCCACACUGGGAAUCGCUUUCUGUUCAAAGCGCAGUGAUUCCUAGCUGCUUAAUUGCCUCUGUCUUAAAAGAAUUCGAAGGUUUCCUUAUUUCCAUAAUUCAUAUAAGAACAAGAGACCCAUGGCUGGCAGUCCAGAGCCGAGCAGAAUAUGCAGCUCAGAGACAGGAAAGAAAGCUAGAGAGAAAAGUGAUAUCCAAGGAGACCAAGGUGACAGGAAGGAAAAGAAGUCCAAAGCUAAGAGGAAAAGUGGAAGAAAAAAGAAAUGGAGCUGACCUAUAACACCCAAAUUGCUGGUAGAUGUAUAUUGCCAAAUAUGCUUUGAAAAAAGAUACUGUAUAUGUCAAAAACUAUUUUUGUGUGAAGGUAUUUAAGAGGAUAAAUUAUAAAUGUUUAAUGAAGAAAAUUCUAAAGCACCUUUGUCUUUUUGCCCGAGCAAUGGGGGUGCUUCUGGAGCGGUUUUCCUUUUUACGUGGCUGUACAGCUUUCACAUUUUGUUUCCCAAACUAAAUAUUCUCCAUAUUUUCUCCUUUCCAAAAAAAUCUCUACUGCAUUCUUUAGUUGUCGAAUGGUAUUUUAAAAUUCAUAGAAAUGAUGUAGGCCAGGUUGCCACUGCUCGAUGUAGAGUUCAUUCACUCCGAGCUGGAGAAACACUUUGAAGACCCUGCUUGGCUACCAUCUCAUGUUUUGCUACUCUUCUCGAUAAAAGAAUCAUCUUAAGAGACAUCUGAAUUAUUUAAUCAACUAGUUUUUCCAUUCUAUUUCCAGACAGCAAAAUUGAUUCAAUAAUCACUCUAUUCUUGUUAUGAAGAUGUUUUUAGAGGGGCAAAGGUAUUUUGCAAGCUCUAGAAUUGUUGAAUGUAUUCUUUUAUACAACGUCAUUAAAAGCUUUAGAUUGAAAUUUAUGACUAGGACACGAAAAUACAAUAUAGAAAAUUAUAUAUGUAAAUAUUCAGCAUGGGACUGUACAUUUUUUUUUACUUUUUUAAAAGUUAUGUUCAUACUAUUUGCAUAGAAGUCACCACGGGUAGCCGUCAGAAUGUGGCUGACAGCUAGGAGGAGGCAUCCUGAGCCUAUACUUCAAGACAGGACAGCAUGUCAG